UCACCUCACAUGACAGCGAUUAUAACCUGGGAGUUUGGUUGGCGUGGGAGAGAAAGAGAACGAGAGAGAGAGAGAGAGAGAGAGAAUAAACGAGCACAGAACACGUGAAGAAAUGUCUUAAUUCGGCUCGCAAAUGUGCAUGUAUUAUCUCAACGCCAUUUACCGGGUGAUUAUUUGACGCUUGUGAUCUACCGUUCAUCAAAGACAGGUGAGAUGGCGAGUAGGUUGGGGCUCCCCCAUGACAGUUCCCUACACAGAUGCAUGCUGGUCCUGACCUUCCUGCUCCUACUGUGUGAGAUUGUUGUCAGCCGCCUCUGUAACUCUCUCAUCACCAUGGUGGAUGUCUUCCACACCCUCUUCAUCCUCAUGCACAUGGCUCUUCCUCAACCCACCCUGGGCAGAGGUUCCCCAAAACCCCCACCUGCCUCCCCUCUCUCCACCCCCAACACCUCCACCCCCACUCAGUCACCUGUCAAAACUCCCCCAUAUUCCCCAGCCACCUCCGGUGUGUACCCAAGACCCCUCACCCCUGUGGCCUCCCUGUGUGGCCUGUCCUACAGUGGGGCGAGGGUCCAGCCCCUGGGGGCUCUGAUCUCAGCUCUUCUGCUGGCUGCCUUGUGUGUCUCUGUCUCUCUAGAGAUCCUCAGCCACACCCUGCAGCCCCACCCUAUACAGCGCCCUCUUUUGGCCACGGUGAUGGGGGCUGUCAGCCUGCUCUACAACCUCCUGGUGCUGGGGCUCAGCUGGGGCAGCUGGCUUGGGACCAAGACAAGAGCUGCCUGGGAGGGGGAGGAGAGCUCUGUCCUUGGUGUGAAUGGAAAAGGCACAGUGCAUUCUUUGCUUUUAAUAUUAAUGUCUGUGUGGGAGGGAAUUGUGUACAAGUUCUGCAUUAUUAUUAUACAACACACCACAGUCAAGAUCCAGACCAAAGACAGCAAUGCAGUGGGGGGAGAGAAUUACAUCAGUUACCCCCCUACAUCUCUCGAUGGUACCUUCCAAGAUGGAACACUUGUACUCUGUAACCCUGGGACCUCCAGUGUCCUGAACCCUGACAGUGAUACUCCGCACCCAUCCCAGACAUCAACACUCCAUACCGUGGCCCCUCAGGGUCCCCUUUCAGACCACUGCCACGGAGCACACACGCUCCCUGCAGACGCGCACACACUCCCUGCAGACUGCCGAACUUCAGAGACACCAAGCAGCUUCCCACAUCCAGAGGCCAGUGUCUGUCAUCCAAAGGACCCCCACUCUGAAGUGUCUAAGUAUAGGGCCUGCAUGGGACACAGAGAAAAUCAGACAGACCCCACCACAGCCUCAGCCCUAAAGUCAGAAAGCCCUACAAGCCUCAGGGUCCAACUUCCCGCCUGCCUCCCAUCCCUCAUCGCCCUCACUCAGGCACUGCUAGGUUCCAUCCUGGCACUCACCAACGGACUUACCCUGCUACUACUGGGCCCAGACUGCAUGCAUGGCUCUGGGGCCUGUGGCCCCUUCGUCUACCUGGACCCUGGCUUCUCCAUGGUGGCUGUGGGGGUCCUGCUGGCCACCACUCUGCCCCAGGUGUGCCGCUACGGUUGGCUGCUGCUCCAGGCCGUCCCGCCCCAGGUGUGUGUGUCUGAUCUGGGCCGGCGGAUCGCCAGUGUGCCAGGGGUGCAGGCGGUGCACGACCUCCACGUGUGGCAGCUGACAGAGAGCUGCCUGGUGGCGUCUGUACAUGUCCACUGCCACGCUGGGUUCCAGAUACACAGGUGUGGUGAUCUGUUGUCGGGGGUCACCAAGGUGCUGCAGAGUGUAGGUGUGAGCUGCUGCACCGUACAACCAGAGUUCCUCCUCUCUACUCCCACAGCCAACGGCAACCUGGAUAACAACAGCACCAACCCCGCCAUCAUCCAUAGGGAGAUGCCCUCACACCUCGCCUGCAGCCUGGCCUGUGGGAAGGGCUGUGCUGGGAAGAUGUGCUGUGCUCCUCUGGAAGAAGGGUCUACAGAGCCACUGGCACCCCCUGCUGGGGAAACUGAGGAGGAGCCUCACGUGCUGAUCAUCGAGAACACCUUUCUUUGAGGGAAGGACCUCUAGGAUGUAUCUCAGUAGUGUAGAGUGGGCUCCUUGCAUCCUUUCCUUCAUAUUAAACUGAUGUGAGAGGCCUGAAGUGGAGCAAACCACUUUUGGCAAUUAAGAUUCAGCUUGGGGAUUGAAUAGAAUACAUUAUUAUUGUCAGAAUAUUCUUAAAGACUUCUGUCCCCAUGUCAUUGAGGUACUUUUAGAGAGCUAGAUAGCCAAAUGUAAGAAUUAGGCUCAGGUAAAGAGUAGAAAUCCCAGUAGUCAUCAUGCGUGUGUGUAUUUUGGGAUGGGGUGGGAUAAUAAACAGCAUUCCUAUGGGUACUCAGAAAGGGCCUGUAUGUGUACUGUAUCUACUGUAUGUAUGUGUGUACUACAUCAUUAUGCUGGGAUUGUAUUUCAUUGUAUUAACACGGUGCCAUACCAAAGAUACAGUAGAUUGUAAGCCAAGUCACUCAUCUAAUUAAGUGUUUAUUCAAUAAUGCCGUUUCAACAUACACUACCGUUCAAAAGUUUGGGGUCACUUGGAAAUGUCCUUGUUUUUGGAAAAAAAAGCCACCACAAAUUGUCCAUUGAAAUAACAUCAAAUUGAUCAGAAAAACAGUGUAGACAUUGUUAAUGUUGAAAAUGACUAUUGUAGCUUGAAAUGGCUGAUUUUUCUAUGGAAUUUCUACAUAGGUGUACAGAUGCCCAUUAUCAGCAACCAUCACUCCUGUGUUCCAAUGGCACGUUGUGUUCGCUAAUCCAAGUUUAUAAUUUUAAACGGCUUAUUGAUCAUUAGAAAACCCUUUUGCAAUCAUGUUAGCACAGCUGAAAACUGUUGUUCUAUUUAAAGAAGCAAUAAAACUGUCCUUUAGACUAGUUGAGCAUCUGGAGCAUCAGCAUUUGUGGGUACGAUUACAGGCUCAAAAUGGCCAGAAACAAAGAUUUUUCUUCUGAAACUCGUCAGUCUAUUCUUGUUCUGAGAAAUGAAGGCUAUUCCAUGCGAGAAAUUUCCAAGAAACUAACCAGAAUCGAAAGUGGAGUGGGAGGCCCCAGUGCACAACUGAGCAAGAGGACGAGUACAUUAGUCUCUAGUUUGAGAAACAGACACCUCACAAGUCCUCAACUGGCAAGCUUCAUUAAAUAGUACCCGCAAAACGCCAGUCACAACGUCAAGAUUGAAGAGGUGACUUCGGGAUGCUGGCCUUCUAGGCAGCAUUGCAAAGAAAAAGCCGUAUCUCAGACUGGCCAAUAAAAAGAAAAGAUGAAGAUGUGCAAAAGAACACAGACACUGGACAGAGGAACUCUGCCUAUAAGGCCAACAUCCCGGAGUCACCUCUUCACUGUGGAUGUUGAGACUGGUGUUUUGCGGGAACUAACCUUAACAAUGUCUACACUGUAUUUCUGAUCAAUUUGAUGUUAUUUUAAUGGACAAAAAAUGUGCUUUUCUUUCAAAAACAAGGACAUUUCUAA